AUGAUCACAACCAAGGAUGAGUUCACUCUAUUUACCAAGGGAACCUCAGACACAAUAGAGAAUAUCACUGAUCAUCCAGCAGGAGUGAUAGCCCAGUUUCUUUUGAAGAAACAUGGAGAUGAGGCCAAUGCCAGAGGAUAUGAACACAAGGUGAUGCAAAGGGUGUGUUCCAGUUGGGAGACUCUUCACACAGAUCUUCAGAAGCACAAAAUGCUUGAACUUGAAGAUGCAAACCAAGAGAUAUAUCAACAGCUGCUCAACAGUAGCAAGGCAUGGUGGACAGUCAUGAGGCUGUUCAAGGUCAAACAUUUGCACACAAAGUUUGAGCUGCUAGUGCCAAAGGAGUUUGGAGACUGCCAAGAGAGUGGAACACUGGGCAUAUCAAGUCAGACCCCUGGUGUUGUUGCUGUUAGGCAGGAUACUUUUGCAGCAAAUCUUCAGGAAAGUGAUGUGGAUGACAUGGAGGAUAGCUCUUACCAUGAGCAAUCCAAUCAUUGGCACACAACAAUGCCAAGCCUUGAAGAUCAUAGUGGUGACCAGGGUCAAGUUACUGGAUCUCAUGGUGGAUAUGAUCAAAUAGAAGGUGUGGAGGUGGACCAUGAUAUUGAGGGGGUUGACACACACCAAGAUGCAAGUGAGGAUGGAGGUGAUAAUGAAGCUGAUGCAAGACUCCAGCAAGGUGGUGAUUGGGAACUAGACAAAUCCAUCCUGAAAGUCAUUGCCAGUGCAGAGUCAAUGACAAAAGAAGAAAACAGAGGCUUGGCUGAACUCCUGGAUCAAAUCACAGAAAGUCAUAAAGAUGGAGACAUGCAAUACUUGGUGGAUGCAUUACUAGCAAAAGGAAAGCAUGUAUCAACCAAGCUAAAGAAGGUGGUAAGCGUGACAGAAGAGGUCAUGUUGCAAAAGCAGGUUUGGUCCCAGCUGGUUGUAUUUUCCUCAUUUUAUAACAAGUUUUGCAGACACCAGCAGUAA